CCUGGUUUACUGCUCAUCCAGCUGACACGAAGUGAUGUUUUAUAGCUCGUGUGGUGAAUGAAUGCGGUGUCUUAUGUAAAAGAUACGAAUAUUUGUCAGUUAUAGGAGGUAUUCUGUUGCUAAUUAUUUCCCUGACACCCGAGCAACAGAAUCAAAAAGGAAGCAGGAAGAAACAUACUUGAAACUAUGUUAACCAAGUUUGAGACCAAGUCGGCCCGUGUAAAAGGUCUGAGUUUUCACCCAAAGCGUCCCUGGAUCUUGACCAGCUUGCACAAUGGUAUUGUCCAGCUCUGGGAUUAUCGCAUGUGCACUCUUAUUGACAAAUUUGAUGAACAUGAUGGACCAGUUCGUGGCAUAGACUUCCACAAGCAACAGCCCCUAUUUGUUUCUGGAGGAGAUGACUACAAGAUUAAGGUAUGGAACUACAAGUUGCGUCGCUGCCUCUUUACUCUUCUUGGACACCUGGACUACAUUCGCACCACUUUUUUCCAUCAUGAAUAUCCUUGGAUUCUGAGUGCUUCUGAUGACCAGACCAUUAGAGUAUGGAACUGGCAGUCUCGGACUUGUGUGUGUGUUCUGACUGGACACAACCACUAUGUGAUGUGUGCUCAAUUCCACCCUUCAGAGGACCUUGUGGUGUCGGCCAGCCUGGAUCAAACGGUUCGCGUCUGGGAUAUUUCCGGACUGAGGAAGAAAAAUCUGUCUCCUGGAGCUGUGGAAUCUGAUGUCCGAGGAAUCACAGGAGUCGAUCUGUUUGGAACAACUGAUGCUGUGGUAAAGCAUGUCUUAGAGGGUCAUGACCGUGGGGUGAACUGGGCUGCAUUUCAUCCUACUAUGCCAUUGAUUGUUUCCGGAGCUGAUGACAGACAAGUUAAAAUUUGGAGGAUGAAUGAAUCCAAGGCCUGGGAGGUGGAUACCUGUCGUGGACAUUACAACAACGUGUCUUGUGCAGUGUUUCACCCGAGGCAAGAACUGAUUCUCAGCAACUCCGAGGAUAAGAGUAUUCGUGUCUGGGACAUGUCCAAAAGGACUGGUGUACAAACCUUCCGCAGAGAUCAUGAUCGUUUUUGGGUUUUGACAGCUCAUCCUAAUCUCAAUCUGUUUGCUGCUGGCCAUGACAGUGGAAUGAUAGUUUUCAAGCUAGAACGAGAACGUCCUGCAUAUGCUGUCCAUGGUAACAUCCUUUAUUAUGUAAAAGAUCGCUUUCUGCGUCAGCUGGACUUUCACAGUUCCAAAGACGUUGCUGUUAUGCAGCUUCGCAGUGGUUCCAAGUUUCCUGUGUUUAAUAUGUCGUACAAUCCAGCUGAAAAUUCAGUUCUCCUGUGUACGAGAGCAAGCAAUCUAGAGAACAGCACAUAUGAUCUGUACACAAUCCCACGGGACUCAGACUCCCAAAAUCCUGAUGCCCCUGAAGGGAAACGUUCUUCUGGGCUCACCGCUGUAUGGGUGGCACGGAAUCGUUUUGCAGUCCUGGACCGAAUGCAUUCUAUCCUGAUUAAAAAUUUGAAGAAUGAGAUUACCAAAAAAGUGCAGGUGCCGAACUGCGAUGAAAUUUUUUAUGCUGGUACAGGAAAUCUGCUGCUGAGGGACUCUGAUUCCAUCACACUCUAUGAUGUGCAACAAAAAAGGUCCUUGUCCUCUGUGAAAAUCUCGAAGGUGAAAUACGUGAUUUGGUCUUCUGACAUGUCACAUGUGGCACUUUUGGCAAAGCAUGCCAUCAUGAUUUGUAACCGUAAGCUGGACUCCUUGUGCAACAUUCAUGAGAACAUUCGUGUGAAGAGUGGAGCCUGGGAUGAGAGCGGUGUCUUCAUCUACACGACUAGUAAUCAUAUCAAAUAUGCCUUGACUACAGGGGAUCAUGGAAUUAUCCGUACUUUGGAUCUUCCUAUCUAUGUGACUCGCGUUAAAGGGAAUAGUGUGUAUUGCCUGGAUCGUGAGUGCCGCCCACGUGUUCUCACCAUUGAUCCGACUGAGUUCAAGUUCAAGCUGGCUCUGAUCAACAGGAAGUAUGAUGAGGUGCUGCACAUGGUUCGCAAUGCCAAGUUGGUGGGACAGUCCAUCAUUGCAUACUUGCAGAAGAAGGGGUAUCCUGAGGUAGCACUGCACUUUGUGAAGGAUGAGAAGACCCGUUUCAGUCUCGCUCUGGAGUGCGGCAACAUUGAGAUCGCCCUGGAAGCUGCAAAGGCACUUGAUGAUCGAAGCUGCUGGGAGAAGUUGGGAGAGGUGGCACUAUUGCAGGGGAACCAUCAAAUUGUAGAAAUGUGCUACCAGAGGACCAAGAACUUUGACAAAUUGUCCUUCCUCUAUUUGAUCACGGGCAACCUGGAGAAGCUGCGAAAGAUGAUGAAGAUAGCUGAGAUUCGGAAAGACAUGAGUGGACACUAUCAGAAUGCUUUGUAUCUGGGAGAUGUUGCUGAACGGGUUCGAAUUUUGAAGAACUGUGGACAGAAAUCUCUGGCUUAUCUGACUGCUGCCACUCAUGGUCUGGAUGAUGAAGCAGAAGCCUUGAAGGCAACGUUUGACCUGGAAGAAGAUGUGGUCCCAGAAAUUGAUCCCAAUGCCAAGCUGUUACAGCCACCUCCUGCAGUGAUGCCUCUGGACACAAAUUGGCCACUUUUGACCGUUACCAGAGGUUUCUUUGAGGGUACUAUUGCCAGCAAAGGAAAGGCUGGUCAGAUGGCAGCAGACAUCGACAUUGACACUGUUGGCACUGAAGGAUGGGGUGAGGAUGUGGAGCUGCAGUUAGAUGAAGAUGGCUUUGUGGAUGCUUCUGAACGAGCUGGCGAUGAUGCAGGAAAAGGCGAAGAAGAAGGUGGAGGAUGGGAUGUUGAUGAAGAUCUGGAGCUACCUCCUGAACUGGACAUCCCAGCUGCUGCAGGAGGUGGUGCAGAGGAAGGCUUUUUUGUACCUCCAACUAAAGGACACAGCCCUGCUCAGGUCUGGUGCAAUAACUCUCAGCUGCCAGUUGACCAUAUUUUGGCUGGUUCCUUUGAAACUGCCAUGAGACUUCUCCAUGACCAGGUUGGAGUUGUGAAUUUUGGGCCUUAUAAACCACUUUUCAUGCAGACCUUCAGUCGUGGACAUACAGCUUACCAAGCACUUCCCACUCUCCCGACAAUGUACAGCUACCCACAGCGGAACUGGAAGGAUGCUGGUCUUAAGAAUGGUGUUCCAGCAGUUGGUCUUAAACUGAAUGACCUCAUUCAGCGACUGCAGCUCUGUUAUCAGUUAACGACAUCUGGCAAGUUCGAGGAGGCUGUAGAGAAGUUCCGUUCCAUUCUGUUGAGCAUUCCUUUGCUAGUGGUCGACACAAAACAAGAAGUUGCAGAGGCACAGCAGCUGGUAACUAUUUGUCGGGAGUAUAUUGUUGGGUUAUCCAUGGAGGUUGAACGCAAAAAACUUCCAAAAGACACCCUUGAGCAACAGAAACGUAGCUGUGAGAUGGCAGCGUAUUUCACACACUUAAAUCUACAGCCAGUCCAUAUGAUCCUAGUUCUCCGAACUGCUGUCAACCUUUUCUUCAAACUUAAGAACUUCAAAACAGCUGCAGCUUUUGCUCGGAGGUUGUUGGAGCUCGGACCAAAACCAGAGGUGUCUCAGCAGACUCGUAAAAUUCUGGCAGCAUGUGAAAAAACCCCAACGGACACCUAUCAAAUGAAUUACGACAUGCAUAAUCCAUUUGACAUAUGUGCUGCUUCUUACCGUCCUAUCUACCGCGGAAAACCUGUUGAAAAAUGUCCGCUGAGUGGAGCUUGCUACAGUCCCGAGUGCAAAGGACAGAUUUGUCAAGUCACAAAAGUGACUGAAAUUGGCAAAGAUGUUAUUGGCCUUCGAAUUAGUCCACUGCAGUUCCGCUAGAAGAAAGCCCUCAACAUUUUGGGAACUUUAAGCUCAAUCUCACCAUCACACCUCCUUUAAAAUGCUUACAGGAGAAUGUUGCCAGUUUACUGUGGCAUUAUGUUGUUGUCCAUGAUUAUCUGCAUACAAGUUUCAAUCUGUAAUUGUAAAAAGAAUUACUAAUUUUUUGUUUCAUUUCCCUAUGUUCACUGUUAACUCGGAUUAAAUUUUUUUUUCAUUUAAA